AUGGGGGAAUGGGAGAAUGGGGGAAUGGGAGAAUGUGGAAAUGGAGGAUUGAGGGAUUGGGGACUGGAUUACCCAAGCAACGUGAUUGUAAGAGUUGAUAAAAUAUCACCUACAGUUCUCGGUAAAGAGAUCGUAAAGCGAUGCGGAACAGAAGGACAGCAUGGAAAUCUAAGUGAAGAUGACCAGACAACCUUAAAAUUUCUGCGAGCUGCUAUCUCAUUCACCUCGAACGCAGAUGACAUGUGCGCUGAUCUAACAAACGCUGCCUUCAUUAUAUCGCAGCCAGGUAAAGAGUUUAUCAUUCAAGCUGGAAAUGGAGAUUGGGAGUUUUUCUUUUCAGAGGACGGAAAGGAUGUUGUACAUGGCCGCUGUGUUCGCAAGAGUCAACGGUUUUUAAGCCUUAUUGGGAAAUUGCUCUCUUUCCCUGUCAGAACCCCUCUUUUUUUGUUGUCGCAGUUACUAAAUACCACCUCUCAAUUAGCCCCGACGAAUAAAGUUCAGGAACCCACGUCCAUUGUUUCACAUCCUAAGGAGACGGUGGAAGAAACUCGUGAAAAUCACUCAACUGAUGCCUCGAAUCUUACAUUUAGUGCCAAAUUAAGACGUCUCUAUUUAUAUUUAAAAGGGAUAUUUGCGCCAGAUACUAAAUAAUUACGUGACACGUGAU